GGUAGAUUGCGCAUCACUUCUACAUUGUCUCAUUUGACUGAACUAAAUAGUUACCUUGUACACCAAGCGGAAAAGAGGGAGAAUUGUUUUUUAUAUAUAUAAAUAUAGACGUCCAUGUUUAUUAUGUCAACAUCCUUUUUAUUUUUGUAUGAAUGAAGUACAUUGACUCUUGUACCUCACAGAUGUGGAUAUCCUUUUCCAGGGAGUAACCUGUGGCCAGUGCUGACCCGUCCCGCGGGGACAGAGAGGAACCCCAGGUUUAAUUUGGCUGUGCACCCCCUCGUCCUGCCACCCCACGGACCAUGAUCUGAGGGCCGCCCCGCCCCGUCCGCCUCCUCCUCCUCCUCCUUCUCCUCCUCCAUUUUGGUUCCUUCCCUCCUUUGUUCCUCUGUGAGAGUGGGAACGCCCCGCCCCGCUUGGUUGCCGCGAGCAAAGGGGAACAGCAGAGAUAAGAGAGAGACACGCCCUCCUCCCGGCCACCUCCUGAUUACCACGCCCACCCGUGACAGUGCCACGCCCCCCACCCCCACUCCGCAGCCAUGGGGAGGAAAAAGAUUCAGAUCCAGAGGAUCACGGACGAGCGCAACAAACAGGUGACCUUCACCAAGCGGAAGUUCGGCCUGAUGAAGAAGGCGUACGAGCUGAGCGUGCUCUGCGACUGCGAGAUCGCGCUCAUCAUCUUCAACCACUCCAACAAGCUGUUCCAGUACGCCAGCACCGACAUGGACAAGGUGCUGCUCAAGUACACCGAGUACAACGAGCCGCACGAGAGCCGGACCAACGCCGACAUCAUCGAGACGUUGCGAAAGAAGGGCUUCAACGGCUGCGACAGCCCCGAGCCGGACGGCGAGGACUCCAUCGACCAGAGCCCCCUCAACGACGACAAGUUCCGCAAGACCAACGAGGACCUGGACAUCCUCUUCAAGCGCUACGGAUCGGCUGUCCCGCCCCCUACUUUCUCCAUGCCCGUCACCGUCCCCGUGUCCAAUCAGAGCGCGCUGCCGUUCAGCAACCCCGGCGGCACCCUGGUAACCACCUCCUUUGUGACAUCGUCGCUCUCGGAUCCCCGCCUCCUGUCGCCACAGCAACCGGCCCUCCAGAGGAACACGGUGUCUCCAGGGUUACCGCAGCGACCGGCCAGCGCAGGUGCACUUUUGGGAGGUGACCUCAACAACUCGAACGGGGGCUGUCCAAGUCCAGUAGCAAACGGGUACAUUAGUGCCAGGGCCUCUCCGGGGCUCCUGUCUGUCUCCAACGGCAACAGCCUGGGGAAAGUAGUUCCGGCCAAGUCUCCGCCCCCUCCCAGCCCUCAGAUGGCCAACAGCCGCAAGCCGGAACUCCGGGUCAUCACCUCACAGAGCGGCAAGAGCCUGAUGCAGCUGACCGACGAGGAGCUGGAGUUGGUGAGCGAGAGUGCUCAGCGGUUGGCCGUCCCUCAGGUGGCACAGUCGCUCACCACGCCGGUGGUCUCCGUGACGACGCCGAGCCUCCUGACGCAGGGGCUGCCCUUCUCCGCCAUGCCGACCGCCUACAACACAGACUAUCAGUUGACGAGCGCGGACAUAACGGCCCUCCAGGCUUUCGCGUCGCCGGGCGCCCUGUCGCUAGGCAACGUGUCCUCAUGGCAACCGCAGCAGCAGCAGCAGCAGCAGCAGCAACAGCAGCAUCAGCAGUCUGUUUCCCAGCAACAGUCACAACAGCAACAGCAGCAGCAGCAACAGCAGCAGCUCAGCCUGGCAUCGCUCAGCAACUUGGUCAUGUGGGGGGCAGACAAACAGGAGGUGUCUAACUGCAUCUCCAGUAUCGCAGCCAACCUGAGCAGCAUGACCUCGCAGUCAAACUUUUUCUUGGGCAGGGAGGACUGGCUGAGCCGGCCCGUCGCUCACAUACCUCAUGGUGCCACGCUGACGGUCAGCACCAGCCCCAACGUGAGCAUCAAGUCUGAGCCCGUCUCGCCCAACCGCGACCGCAGCACGCCCUGCCCGUCGUCCUCCUCCGCCGGCGUGCUGACCGCGGCGCCCCAGCAGUACCCCGGGGCCCUGCGGCUGGACCCCGCCCUCGGGCCCGCCCCCACCGGCCGCUCGCCCAUCGACAGCCUGAGCAGCAACGGCAGCUCGUACGAGGGCAGCGACCGCGACGACGGCACCCAGCCCCGCCCGCCCGACUACGGCCACGCCCCCGGGCUCCUCAGACCCGCCGCCGAGAUGGAGCAGGAGGGCGCCAACGUCAAGCGCAUGAGACUGGAGAACUGGGUCACAUAGAGGAGAAACGCGAAACGCCCUCCCCUCCC